AUGUGUACCACGUUGGGUGACUGCAAUGAUGAUAAUGAGAAUUGUUUUGAUACGUUUGAAAUAUAUCAACAAAACGUUGGUGUCAAUCAAUGUCUAAUCAAUUCUGUGAAAAGUACCUGUAGAGGUUUCCGCUAUACGGAUAAAUAUAUCAUGAUACAGCAAGAGUGUGAGGAAAAAUGUAUCAAUCAGACAAAUUUAUCAUCCUCAUUAUUGUCAUUGGAUAUCAAUUUAUCGGAACAAAUUAACCUUGGAAUCAGGCGUAUCUUUUAUACACAGGUAGAUUUUCUGUUCCGGAAUAUAGAUUCGAAUAAUUUCGAAACAAUCAUAAAUGUAAAAUUGUAUCGCUAUAUCUAUGUUUAUUCUUGUCAAAUACAACUACUGGUUCUUUACCAUCAAUGGCAAGCAUAUCCGAUAGUUAAGCAGGCUUUGAACGAAACAGUUGCAUCGUUGAUAAUUUUACCACCAAUUAACUGCUAUAACAUAUGCUGA